AUGAUACUGGUUGUUGCCUUGUUCUACACGAACCGAUCUCGUCUGCGUCUGCCCCCUGGACCUCGGCGGAUCCCAUUUCUUGGAAAUAUACAGCAGCUCCCGGCGACCUAUCAAGAACGCGCCUUCGCAGAGUGGGGCAAACGGUUUGGGGAAGUCGUAUAUGCGCAAUUCUUCAAUACACCCGUGAUAAUUCUCAGCCGUGCGGAGACCGCGCACGCGCUCCUCAGCAAGCGAGGCGCGAAGUACUCAGGACGGCCGCGGUUUACGUACAUGAACGAAAUAGUCGGGUGGAACAACGCGCCACCGCCGGUGGAUGCAGUCGCGCUCCUCGCGCGCGACGCGCUCACCUCCUACGAACCUCUCCAGCGUCAGGAGAUACAGAAGCUACUUCGCGACCUCAUUCGCGACCCUGGGGACGCGUUGGCCCAUGUCAAGAGGUACACUGCAGCGCUGAUGCUCGGUAUCGGGUACGGCUACUCUCCAUCCUCCUUGGACGACGCGUACAUCAGGACGUCUGAACAGGCGAUCCGCCUCGUCCUCGGCGGAGGCGGGCCGGGCUCGGCCUCGUCGACUUCUUUCCGCUCGUACGUCCUACUCAUGAACUACGUGCGGCAUCUACCUGCGUGGAUGCCAGGCAUGGAGUUCAAGCGCAGGGGCAUACGUGCGCGGGGGAUGCGCGUGAAGCGCGACGUGGUGCGCUGCGGAACGGCUACGCCGUGCGUCGCGACAGCACUGCUGGAGGAAGCAAUGAAGGGCGGAACCUCAGUGAAGCCGACGAGAAAGAAUAUCGAUGGCAUUGGGGAUCUUAUACCGAUACUCGCCGGGUUCCUUCUCGCGAUGAUCCUACAUCCCGAAGUCCUACAAAAGGUGCAGACAGAGAUCGACAGCGUGCCUAGAGAUCGAACGGCGCUGCCAUAUCUCGAGGCGGUCCUGACGGAAGUAUAUCGGUACCUCACUGAAUCGGACGAGUAUGCUGGAUAUGAUAUGCCCAAAGGGUCUAUUGUGAUUGGAAACAUAUGGGCUAUGUCGCGUGAUGAAGAUCUCUACCCGGAUCCCGACAGGUUUGAUCCGGAGAGAUUCCUGAACAUCUGUGCAGAAACAGCAGAGACGAGGGACCCACGCAACUUCGUGUUUGGAUUCGGCAGACGCAUCUGUCCCGGACGAGUGCUCGCAGACUCCAGCAUCUUCCACGCGGCAUCCAAUCUCGCCGCCGUCUUCGAUAUUCGACAGGCGUCGGGACCAGACGGGAAACCGAUUCCAGUGGCGGUCGUGUUCACGUCUGGGACAGUGAGAACCGUUUACAUGCACACUCUCCCCAAGAUCGAGCAAGAGGGCGGAUCUCAUUCUAACGGCAGGAGUCACAGGCAGAGUACAGUUAUGAGCGAGCACAAGAACGACAGUCCCUAAUUCGCACCACACCAUCGCUAGCUUCUCCCUCUUGAAGAUCUUUGUAUUUUGUUUUGGCGGCCAGCCGAUUGUAGUUCGAUAAAUCGAACAACUGGUAUGCAGCCCGAGGGAACACCAUGCGCCGAGUAACAUUAAACCACAUCACCGCGAUGUAGCAUUCGUACUGUUCCCGUCGCCCUACCGUCUCAUGGACGCCGAGUUGUCAAUCCGAGUAGUAUGCUGCCAUCGUGGGCGAGAAGCUACCCAUACGCGACUAGGAUGAAGCCGCCGUGAUUUGCCAACCGGACAACGAUCCGCUCACACCAAGGUCUCGCGAUCACUCACAAUAGGUCGUGUACAGUCUGUCUUCCUGCGGAGCCGGCUUGCCCACUGGCCCAUCGGGACGCACGACGGUAGCUCCCUGUUCAGGUGAGUAGGAGCAUGGAUGAUUUAUAGUUGAU